GCCCGCGGGCGCGGAGGUCGGGGCCGAGGCCUCGCUGCGGGCGCUGCGCAGAGGAAGCGCCAGCUCCCCGCGGCAGCCCGCCUCCCUGAGCUUGGAACCCUUCUUUCCGGCGGGGAGGAGAGAAGAGUUACAGGGCAGUGCGAAAGGGACAGCGAUGAUGAAACUUCAGGGUGGUUACUACUGGCCAAGAAGACGGUUGUCUUUGUUCGCUCGUGGAGCUUUCUGGCCGCCGUCUUCGCAGUUCUCGCUGGCAAAUCGGUGCGAAGGCAGCCGGGGCUACCAGAGCGCAGUUAACUCCGGGGCCCCCGACCCCCUUAGGAUUGGAAUAAUUGGUGGAACAGGCCUGGAUGAUCCAGAGAUUCUAGAAGGAAGAACUGAAAAAUAUGUGGACACUCCAUUUGGCAAGCCCUCUGAUGCCUUAAUUUUGGGGAAGAUAAAAAAUGUUGACUGCGUCCUCCUUGCAAGACAUGGGAGGCAGCACACCAUCAUGCCUUCAAAAGUCAACUACCAGGCAAACGUCUGGGCUUUGAAGGAAGAGGGCUGCACACACAUUAUAGUGACCACAGCCUGCGGCUCCUUGAGGGAGGAGAUUCAGCCCGGCGAUAUCGUCAUUAUCGAUCAGUUCAUUGACAGGACCACCAACAGGCCUCAGACCUUCUAUGAUGGAAGUCAUUCCUGUGCCAGAGGAGUGUGCCACAUUCCAAUGGCUGAGCCAUUUUGCCCCAAAACAAGAGAGGUCCUCAUAGAGACCUCUAAGAAGCUAGGACUGCGCUGCCACGCAAAGGGGACAAUGCUCACAAUUGAGGGACCUCGUUUUAGCUCCAGGGCAGAAAGCCUCAUGUUCCGCACCUGGGGAGCAGAUGUAAUCAACAUGACCACAGUUCCGGAGGUGGUCCUUGCUAAAGAGGCUGGAAUUUGCUAUGCAAGCAUCGCCAUGGCAACUGAUUACGAUUGCUGGAAGGAGCACGAGGAAGCAGUUUCAGUUGAUCGGGUUUUAAAGAUUCUGAAAGAAAAUGCUAAUAAAGCUAAAAGUCUACUGCUCACUACCAUACCUCAGGUAGGGUCCAUGGAAUGGUCCGAAACCCUGCACAACCUGAAGAAUAUGGCUCAGUUUUCAGUUUUACUACCAAGACACUGAAACAGCAUGGCUGCCGAGAAGAUUUUCUAAUUUUAAUCAUUUUGAGAAUUUUACCUAAUUUAAAGGUGAAAAAAAAAAAAAGGAAGACAUGCAGCUUUCAUGCCCUUGCCUGCAAAAGAGAACCAUAGUAAGAAAGACAAGACAGUGCACGCUAGAGACUCCACCUGAAAGACCUGGACUACUUGAGAACACAGAAGAAGCAAACGGACAGCAAGUGUGGCCGGAAUCUUACAUCUUAGGGGAAAAUUUAAGCAGAAAACAUCCUCUCUUCCUCCUGUUAAAUUUACAGCAAUAAACGCUGAGGAAUUGCUCUGUUGCCAGGGAAUGUGAGGAAGAAUGGGACUCUUUAUCUGUGUGACUGUAAAUUGGUACAGUCUUUCUCAAGGGAAGUUUGGUAAAAUGCCUCAAAAGGCUUAAAAAUAUGUAUGCACUUUGUUGAUCACUCAUAGAAAUUUCUCUUUAAAUGUGUGCCAGAAUGCAUAGAAAGAACUAGGUAUAAAAAAAGGUGUUUAAUAGCAUUGAUUAUAAUAGCAAGUAUUCAAAACAAUUGUAAUAGCCAACAGUUGGAGGUAAAUUGUUUCAUUUAUGGUUAAAUUGUGAAUCAGUCAACUGAAUAUCAUGUUUUCACAGAUUUAAUGCCCUAAAGAAAUAGCUGCUGUAUAAUAAAAUUUUUUUAAAAGGUAAAACAUUUUACAAUACUAGCUUUGUUUUAAAAUGCCAUGUAAAUGUAUAAAAACAGUAGAAGGAAAUAUACAAAAUCUUUUGUUACUAUAUUUGAGGAAGGGAUACUGGGCAAUUUUUAUUUUCUUUGCAUAUCUCUGCAUCUGUGCAUUUUUCUACAAUGAGUGUAAUCAAAUAAUAAAGUUGUAAAAAUAAAAA